AUGCCGAUCACGAUUGCUUACGAGUGGUCACAAACAGCUACGCACCUUUCCUUGCGCCUGAGCAUCCCCCCCCUCAAGGCUGAUCUGCGGCAUCGGCAGAGCGAGAAACUUUCUGUCGUUGUUGCCAGCUGUCACCUCCGCGUGUGCUGCCAUCCGUGGCUCCUCGAGCUUGACUUCUGGGGCGACGUCGCCUUUCGGUCUGCUACGGUCACUCCGGGAGCUGGCUGUCUGACUAUUUUCGUGCCCAAGGUGGAAGAAGGCCUGUGGGACUCUUUGACAGCGGUGAGCAGCCCGGAGCAGCAACAUGAUAUUAGGGAGCGCAGGCGCUCAUCUCUUGCGGCGUAUGCCCAGUGGCAGGAGCAACUCCAGCAGCAGCGCAUUGCUGCGCGUGACGCCCGCAAACAGCAGCAGCAGAAACACAUUUGGAGGCAGCAGCAGGAGCAGCGGGAAUGGCAUGAAUAUCAAAAGAGCAUGCAAGUGCAGCAAGUCCUCGACCAGCUGCCGGAGGAAAGUGAACAGUCAGCUCUCUGCAGAGACACGCAGGAGGCGACCUCCUCUCCCCUGGCGGACGAUCAAACAUGGGAAAAUAAACUGCAUGGCUUUUGUGAAGCAGAAAUUACGACAGAUUCAUGCAGCUCUCAAGAGGGGGUGCAACACUUCCAAGAGCACGUUGACGCGGGCCUCGUAGCAGAUUCAAGCGCAGCCAGUUCUCCAAACGGGACUGUAGGGGGAAAGCAAAGCGCAGCUGUAGGCUUCAAUGACAAGGCAUAUGCAAAAAAGAGAAACGAAGAGGCACAGGCCAAAACACCAGUGCCGACGCCUGCCACGCGGCCUGAAGCCUGCACGGAACAAACGAGCAAUCUUGCUCCUCUGAAUAAGGAACUCGUUCGAGCAUUCAGCUAUGGGCAACUGGCAGUGCCAGAAGUUCACCCCAUCAACCCGUCACCGUGCACGAAAAUAAAGGUUUCGUUUGCCGCUAGAAGGCCAAACAAGGCUCCUGCCCGAGGCCCUCUUGCCCCACCGUUGCCUCAAACUGAACAAGAUCUCGGCAGGGAUAUUUACAACAGGGACAAGCCAGAAGACUUAUCCAGGCUGCAGGAAUCCAGUCCACUAUGGUUACACUCCAAAGCAACCCGCUUACUAAUUGGGGGAGAUACAGCAGCAGCGGAUGAAACAUAUAGCUUGAUUUUACAGCCAUCACAGAGCCACACAAUCUACCGACUGGUUUAUAUCAAGGCACUGUGUGGGCGUAGCCUGGCCCGGUUAGCUUCAGGAGUUGCUCAAAAGGAAUUGCAUCAGCAGAAGGAUGCAGCAGCAGCUGUAGCUGGACAGCUACUUGAGAAAGGCCCACAGGAAUCGGAGCUUCUGCACUUGCAGCACAUCCUGCUGGCUCGACGUGCUGCUGCGUUCUUGAGGCUGGACUCACUGGAAGACGCGGCAAAAAGCCUCGAAGAAUUGCUGGAGCUUCAGCCUUCACAAACGCUGGCCAGGUUGAAUCAAACGGAUUUUGGAGGCAAUGGCUGCUUAGAUCAACAGAGAGCUGCCGUAUCCGUUGACUUGCUGCACAUACGGAGGUUUGACAAAACCCUUACCCAGCUGUAG